UGUUCAGGUUCACAAUCUUAUAAGUAGGUUGUGUUUCGGCGUAGAUUGUUUCAGCAGAAAUGAAGGUGUUAUGCGUUGCAUUUAUCCUGGUUGUCGUUGGAGCCCAGCAAUAUCGAAGAGACAAGCCCGGUUUCUGCCCACGAAAUGAUAGCAUCGGACCCUGCAUUAAUCUGUGCUCCUCUGAUGACAGUUGCCCUGGUAACUUAAAGUGCUGCCGCAGUGGCUGUGGUCGUAGCUGUAUGGAGCCUAUCAAAGGCGACUGUUCAGCUGUGAAUUGUCCAAGACCAAGCUGUAGCAACCCCGUCCGCCCACCCGGCCAGUGCUGCGCAGUCUGUCGAUACUAGAGCCUACAGUUCUGACAGGGGGAUCGACGCUAGAGGUCGCUUUCCUGGUGCGGAGCGGUAUAGCUGUGACGUCAUGGUUUGUUUUUUUUAAUAAUUCCGUAUUAAGAAAUUCGAUUCUUAAAUU